GAUCAGAAUAAGAAGUCACCCAAAAGGAAGAUUGUGUUGCUGAUGGCGUAUUCGGGGAAAGGCUACCACGGGAUGCAGAGAAACGUGGGAUCUUCACAGUUCAAGACAAUUGAGGAUGACCUAGUGUCUGCCCUUGUCCAGUCAGGCUGCAUCCCAGAAAACCACGGGGAGGAUAUGAAGAAAAUGUCUUUCCAGCGGUGUGCUCGGACAGAUAAGGGUGUGUCUGCAGCUGGACAGAUUGUGUCGCUGAAGGUCAGGCUAAUAGAUGACAUCUUAGAAAAGAUCAAUAGCCAUCUUCCUUCUCACAUCAGAAUUCUGGGUCUGAAGAGGGUCACGGGGGGGUUCAACUCCAAGAACAAGUGUGAUGCCAGGACCUACUCGUACAUGCUGCCGACCUUCGCCUUCGCCCCCAAGGAGCAGGCUGUGCAGCAGGAGGCCUACCGGCUGGACAGGGACACCCUGCACAAGGUCAACAGGCUGCUGGCCUGCUACAGAGGGACCCACAACUUCCACAACUUCACGUCCCAGAAGGGCCCCAGGGACCCCAGUGCCCGGCGGUACAUCAUGGAGGUGUCCUGCGGGGAGCCCUUCCUCAGGGAGGGCGUGGAGUUCGCCGUGAUCAGGGUGAAGGGGCAGAGCUUCAUGAUGCACCAGAUCCGCAAGAUGGUGGGGCUGGUGAUAGCCAUCGUGAAGGGCUAUGCUGCAGAGUCCAUCCUGGAGCGCAGCUGGGGCGAGGAGAAGGUGGAUGUCCCCAAGGCCCCGGGGCUGGGGCUGGUUCUGGAGAGGGUGCACUUCGAGAAGUACAACCGGCGCUUCGGCAACGACGGGCUGCACGAGCCCCUGGAGUGGGCAGAGGAGGAGGAGAAAAUUGCUGUUUUCAAAGAGCAGUACAUUUAUCCUACCAUCAUCAGCACAGAAAGGGAGGAAAAAUCCAUGGCAAACUGGCUGAGCACCCUCUCCAUUCAUGACUUCAACUCCUCUGCUGCCGAGAUGCAAGCUAGCAACACAAAUUCAAAGAUCAGCAGCGACCUGGAAGGCAGUGAUGGUUGUGGAGAUGAUUCUGACUGA